UCCGACACAGACUACAUUGCCCGGCAUGCUUUGGGGGAUGACGUCACAGUACACAAGCCGGUAGUGCCGGAGCGCAGAGGCCCGGGGCACAGGGGGAUGAAGAGACCGGCUACUGGGGAGCAAUAUGGGCAAUAUCUUCGGCCGGAAGAGACGGAGCCGGGUCACUGAGCAGGACAAGGCAGUGCUGCAACUGAAGCAGCAAAGAGACAAACUUAAACAAUAUCAAAAGAAGAUUUCAUUGCAACUGCAACGUGAACGUGUACUGGCCAAGCAGCUUCUACAUGAUGGCAAGAAAGAAAAAGCCAUACUGCUGUUAAAGAAGAAGAGAUAUCAAGAGCAGCUUCUGGAGAAAACGGAUAACCAGAUCACUAAUCUAGAGAAAAUGGUUGAAGAUCUAGAAUUUGCACAGAUUGAAAUGAAAGUAAUUGAAGGCCUAAAAAUUGGUAAUGAAAGCUUAAAGAAAAUGCAUGAGGUUAUGUCCAUAGAAGAGGUGGAGAGGAUCAUGGAUGAGACCCAAGAAGGCAUUGAUUAUCAGCGGCAAAUUGAUGAACUGCUGUCAGGAAGUCUGACUACAGAGGACGAGGAGGCCAUUCUAGAGGAGCUAGAGGCGAUUACUCAGGAAGAUCUGGAACUCCCAGAAGCUCCCACGGAGACACUUCCAGAAACAACUCCAGAGAAACAAGCGGUCAAGAACAAACCCAAACCACAGCAGGUGGCUGCUUCCUAACCUCAUGCACAGUUCCUGCAAUCAGGAAGGUGGUUUCUACUCAUGGAAGGAGCUCUGUUCAGUGAUUUGCCGGAAAGUACUGUAACCCUUUCCCUAUAGUGGAGCUGGGGCCCCUUCUCACAUAGCUUGUGGGCUAAGCAGUAACACCCUAUCUGGUUGACAUUGGAGAGUCUCUUCCAGCCUAGCAGGUCUCAAAGUCUGUUAAAUCAAACAAUUAUGUCUGAAAACCCUGACACCCUCUCCAGCAGCAGCAGCAGCAAAGUUGAUAGAGAUAUAAUGGUCAGUCAUGAAUAUCCCUCUCCAUAAAUUAGACAGCAGUAUUUCGCCAUCAAAUGGGCUCUAUUGUCUAUGAAUUAAUUGUAACGUCCGUUUUCAUUAGCUGAAGCAUUAGAGACUACCCAGUUGUGCUCUUAUUUUAAUAUCUAAAUGGAUAAUUAAAUAUAAUCAGUUUUUUUCCUUUCCUCAAACAUAGGCAUAGUGUAUAUAACAGUUUCUGUUUAAUUACUUUAGAUUGGUCACAGCUAAUUGCACCCUGCACUUUACAAUUAUACUGUGCAGGUUUAUUUAUAUGAGAAGCAGCACAUAUAUAAUGUACAGUAUAUGGGAAAAUAUUGUGCCGCAAAAAGGCCCUUGAUGGCCACUUCUACCCAUUAUGCUGCCAGGAAUUUUGUGGCCGGAACUUGAGCUGAGAAAUAAUUGCAGCAUUGUUUACAAAUGACAAGUUAUACUUCAAUUUAUUUGUGAAAUAAGGUGUUGGUAAAUAUGCAUGUUAGGCCUAUUUUCUCUCUUUUUUCUUUUUUUCUAAUAGCCGCAGGGAAUUUAAAAACACAAUGAACCAUGAAAGUAACAACAGUUAUUGGUUGAAUAAGGCUGGCAUUGAGAGUAUCUCACUGUCCUCUCUAUGUGUUCAUGUGACUGGCACGGGUAAAGAUGGCUAAUCAUGGUGUUCAAACCCAUAAUACUGGAGUGCCUUAUACUCAUGGCAGAAACUUACUACAGGCAGCCCAAGAGCUACCUACUUCACAUUGCACACAACGUGUGACUUUUAUCGCUGUCAACCUUAUUCUCUGCUGGAGAGAGCAACAGUGUUUGUCAAUGGUAUUGGUUGGCAACUUGUGGCUCUCCAACUGCUGUGCAACUACAAGUCCCAGCAUGCCCUGACAUACUUUGGCUGAGACUUGCUCUACCUGCUAGAGAGCCAUGGGUGGCUUAACCCUUAUGUAAAAUGUAUUCUUUAUUGGACACUCCUGUACAUACAGCUCCCCUAUUGGUGACAGACGGCAUGGUAUCUGAUAGCAAAACUGAAUAGCAUCUGUUUAUCUCAAUGACAUCUUGUUUAUACCACCCACAUCUUUAGGUUUGGGUUGAUCACAGUAAUUCUUCUGCUAUACGGAAGGAAAGAUGUUUUACAGUAUAGUCAUGGUUUAUCUUUGGCUGCCAUUCAGAGAUGUGAUUGUGCUACAAAAGACGAGUUAGCACUCCAGUUAACUUUUUAUGCUCUUCCUAUUGUGUUUUUAAGAUCAUAAUAAAAUCUGUAUAUACAAAA